UUGACAGAGUAAUACUAUCACUCCCGUGAAGGAAAAUGAUAGUGCAUGAUGGAUUAUAUCUUCCUUUAGUUUUAAUCAAAAGCACCUUUCUUUCUUAUCUUUAUACCCAUUUCCAGCUCUUUCUGUCUUUAUAUAUCUUCAUUUCAAAACCCAAUUCUAACUCCAGUGUCAUAAAGAUUCAAUCUUUUAGUUUAAUGGAAAGUGGACAACUAAUCAGCAAAAACACGAAGGUGGAGAUUGCAACAGAAGCAGAGAACAACAUUAUGUCUGCAAAUAAGUUGCAAGUUAUAACAACAACUACUUGUGCUUCUGCUAUGCCUCAAUUGGCAAGACAACAAAGUAUAACAAAGAACAAUUGCCUAUGCUCCCCAACAUCUCAUGCUGGUUCAUUCCGGUGCAGGCUUCAUCGGACACCGGUCCUCCACCGAACCAAAAGCAUAGACUCUGCUUCACCGUCUAAGGUUAAUGCCGUAGCUGAUCAUGUAACGCAAGAAUAGAUGAGGCUCAUUAAUAAUUAAUUCACUUAAUUGUAUAAUGUUUGUGUUAUAUGUAUUGCAUGAUCUUUGGUUUGAUGUUAAUAAUAAUAAUAAUACUGAGGUUUUAAUCAUA